UUUCAAAUCAUAUUUUCAGCUAUAAAUCCUGCAGGAGGAGAAAGACUUCCAUUCCAGUGCACUAUCACUUGAUUGGUUCUGAUUGCCUUUCCUACAGCAGACCUCUAUCAAGAUGCCAUCCCAGCUGGAGGGUGCCAUGGAUUCACUGAUCCAUGUCUUUCACAAUUAUUCUGGAAAAGAGGGAGAUAAGUACAAACUCAACAAGGGCGAACUGAAGGACCUUCUACAAAGUGAGCUGGGAAAUUUCCUGGCGUCUCAGAAGGACCCAUCUCUUGUGGAUAAUAUAAUGAAAGAUCUUGAUUCCAACAAAGAUAAUGAGGUGGAUUUCAAUGAAUUUGUUAUUUUAGUUGCAGCUCUGACUGUUGCCUGCAAUGAGUUCUUUGAAGAGCAGCUUAGAAAACAAGGGAAAGCCAAGUAGGACUGUAAAAUCGUAAAAAGGCAUCCUAGUAAACACCAUGUUAAAGAAGGAUACAAAUAUAUCCCUUUUCCUUUGUAGAUAAUCUAUAAAUUCUUUGUCCAUGUAUUUUGUAAGAAUAGAUAAUUCACUUCAAAGGCAAUAAAAUCUUACAUAUGUUACACAAA